AUGGGGACUUCUGGCAGCUGGAGCUGGCUUGCUGCACUCUUGUGUCUCCUCAGUUUGGGUGUUGAGGUUCUGUGCAAUUGUACUCGGAAUGAUUUGGAUAUAGAGGGAGGUGAAUAUACGCUGUCCAAGAAUCUACUGCCAGGCAGCUUACUCAUCUACCAAUGUCAUGAUGGAUACUAUCCAUAUCCUGCUUUGACUCGCCUCUGUCAGCCUAACGGCUCCUGGAGACCCCCACCCAAAAGGUUUCUACCACAGAGAUGCAAACGUGUUGAAUGCCCUGACCCAAAUGUGUUAGAAAACGGGAACGUCUUCCCUGGUCAGGAAAAGUACUAUGUGGGCGAUGUGACAUCGUAUGAUUGCUACUCUGGAUACACCAUGAGAGGCUCGCCCAGUCGGGUUUGCUUACCGAAUGGGAAAUGGAAUGGCUCCACUCCAAUCUGCAGCCGCGACUCCGGAGAUGCCUGUCCUGAUCCUGGAGUCCCGCCUGGAGCCUCAAGAGUGGGAAACAUGUUUGGGAUUGACGAUAGAGUGAAAUACAGCUGUAAUGGCAACCUGUUUUUGAUUGGCUCUAAGGAGAGAGUGUGUCAGGAGAACGGCCAGUGGACAGGAAAAGAGCCAGCAUGCUACUUCAAGCACACAUAUGACACCCCAAAAGAGGUUUCGGAAGAAUUUGGAAGUGCCAUUAAAGACACCCUCACCACCAGUCAGUCACUAAAUGAUACCCAAGAAGGGAGAAAAAUCAGGAUUUCAAAAAAUGGGACUCUCAAUAUCUAUAUUGCUGUUGACAUUUCUGAGAGCAUUAAAGAAGAAGAAUUUGAUGAAGCAAGAAACGCAGUUAUUACCCUGAUUAGAAAGAUCUCCUCCUUCAGUGUGUCACCAAACUACGACAUCGUCUUCUUCUCGUCUGAAGUAUACAGGGUGGUCAACAUUCUCGAUUUUUUGGAUGGCAAAAUAAAACUUAACUCAGUAAUAGAAAACCUGAAAAAUUUUAAAGUGGGAAACAAGAACACUGGAACGGAUCUGAACCUUGUCUUCAAAGCAUUUGAGGGUCAAAUGGGUUUUAUAAAGGAACGAGUUGGAAAAGAGCGAUUCAAAGAUCAUCGGCAUGUCCUGAUCUUUUUCACAGAUGGUGCCUAUAACAUGGGUGGAUCUCCUCAACCCACUGUUGCCAGAAUAAAAAACAUGGUUUACAUGAAUCAACUUGGAGAAGCUGGAUCAAGAGAAGAAUAUCUGGACAUCUAUGUCUUUGCCAUUGGGGCUGACAUCUUUGAUGAAGACCUGCAACCCCUCACUACAGGAACAGGAGGCGAACAUUACUUCAGAAUGAAAAAAAUUGUAGAGUUACAGGAGACCUUUGAUAAAAUAAUUGAUGAAAGUGAAGUUGUUGGACUGUGUGGACUUCAUAGAAAUUAUGAAACCACAGGGGACAAAACAGACAAGAGGAGAAAAUAUCCAUGGCUGGUUUUCGUUAUUAACCAGGGGAUAAAAAGAAAAACCUGCAUCGGCUCACUGGUGUCGCCUGACUUUGUCCUGACUGCUGCUCACUGCUUCACCUUCGGAGAUGAAGCGGAACAUAUAAAGAUUGAUAUCGAGGAUGGAGGCAAAAGAGAGAAAAAAGUGAAAAAGAUCAUACUGCACGAAAACUAUAACCUCACUGCCAAAGUGAACGAGGGAGUUGACGAGUUUUAUGACUAUGACGUCGCUCUUCUCCGACUGGAAGAACCAGUGAGGAUCUCUGAUGUUGCAAGACCAAUAUGUAUCCCUUGCACGCAGGAGACUAGCGAUGCUCUUAACCUGGUUGGCGAAUCAACAUGCAAGCAACAAGAGGAGGUCCUGUUAAAGAAUCAUCGUGAGCGACUCAGUUUCCUAACAAGGAGGGAGCCUUUGGUUGCAGAAAAGGAUGUCUUUGCCAAACUUGGAGAGAACAGAGAUCUAUGCAUCAAAAAAGCACUGCUGGCACAAGGCAUCACCACAAAAGAUGAAAGAGUUGCUGUGACUGAUAACUUCUUGUGCACUGGUGGUCUGGUUGAACACAGAGAUCAUAUAGCAUGCACAGGUGAUUCUGGCGGUGCUGUGUUCAAGAACCAUGAGCAGAGGACCGUCCAGAUUGGAGUGGUAAGCUGGGGAACCCAUCAGGUGUGUAGCUCCACAGAUGGCCUGGUUGAGUCCAUUGAUGAUUCCAGAGAUUUCCACAUCAAUCUAUUUAGAGUGAUCCCUUUCCUUAAUAAAUAUCUUGGAGAUGACAGUCAAGACUACACACCACUGAAAUUUCUGAAAAACUAAAGUUUCAUUACAUAACUUUUGCUUGUGAUGCAUUUUGGACUCAUUCUGUCCAAACUGGCCUUCUUUCAGACUCAGACAGUUUGGUAGCAUUCCACAUGACAGGCAGUUUAUUGGUGCAUUUAUAAAAUGUGUGAAAAUAUAGUUGAAAAAAAUCCUUUCUAUUAAAUAUGGAAG